UGGACUGUGGGGAGCUGCCAGCCAUUCUCCUGGUACACUGACCAUGAAGAGACCCUGCGAUGACACCAGCUCUGACAGUGAUCUGGAUGAGACCAUUGAUGUGGGCAGUGAGAAUAAUUACUCUGGACAUAGUAGUGGAUCACUAAUCCGAUCAAAUUCUCCUACAACAACAUCACAGAUCAUGGCCCGGAAGAAGCGGAGAGGGAUUAUAGAAAAGCGCAGGCGAGAUCGUAUCAAUAACAGCCUGUCUGAAUUAAGGAGACUUGUGCCGACCGCUUUUGAAAAGCAAGGAUCUGCAAAGUUGGAAAAAGCUGAAAUUCUCCAGAUGACAGUAGACCACUUGAAGAUGCUACAAGCUACUGGAGGUAAAGGUUAUUUUGAUGCCCAUGCCUUGGCUAUGGAUUUCAUGAGCAUUGGUUUCCGAGAGUGUUUAACGGAAGUAGCAAGGUAUCUCAGUUCUUUUGAAGGCCUGGACACAUCAGAUCCUCUCCGAGUUCGACUAGUCUCUCAUCUUAGCACAUGUGCCUCACAGAGGGAAGCAGUAGCCAUGACGUCAAUGACCCAGCCCCAGCAUUCCCUGCAUCCACACCACUGGGCGGCAACUUUCCAUCAACUUCCUGUUUCUUUGCUACAACAAAAUGGACUCCAUUCCUCUGAGAACAUGCCUUGCAGACUUUCCACCAAUACAGAGUUACCACCCCAACAUGGUUCUGCCCUUCUCACGGCUACAUUUGCUCAUGCAGAUGCUGCUCUAAGAGUGCCUUCUGUGGGCAGUGUAGCUUCAGGUGCCCCUCCUCUCUCUACCUCUUUGCUCUCGCUUUCAGCUACAGUACAUGCCGCAGCAGCUGCUGCUGCACACAGCUUUCCACUGUCAUUUGCUGGAACAUUCCCUUUACUUCCACCAAUGGCAGCAGCAGCAAUGGCAGCUUCUGCAACAGCCGUAACAUCUCCCUUGUCAGCAACUUCUAGUCCUCGGCAAGCAAGUGGAAAUAGCAAGCCAUAUCGGCCCUGGGGGACUGAAGUAGGGGCCUUUUAACUUGCUGCUAUUUAAGUGGACUUAUGUAAAAAACAGUCAUGUGCAGGAACAGUGUCUUUAGUAAAAUUCAAAUAUAAUGUCUGAUAUAUGCAGAUGACCUGUGGAUUUAGAUAAUACGUAACAAUCUAACACUAUGGGCUCUUUCACAUGAGCGGAUGCCGUGCGGGUAUCUGCUGUGUGAAAGUGCCAAGCCCCGUUCCGAACAGCAGAGACAC